AUGACAAACUUUAAUGUCCCUGGUGGUUUUCCUUCGCUCCAGUCCCAGGAGUUCACGCUCAAGACUCCUCCUAGGUCCAGGAGCGAAAUAAAAACCUCCACUCCGUCAUCAACUGCUUUUAGGUUCACACCUACGAAUGGAAAAAAGCUAUACCCAUCCAUUGUGGUUUCCCCAAAAGAUGCAUCUGAUUGUGAUACAAGCUAUCAGGAUAAAGAAAACCCGUCCUUUACAAAAGAAAUGGAUUUUCUUCAGACCAAGCUGUUUUCGUCGAAGCUUACCUCCUCGGUGCUGAACGAAUUCAAUGAUAGAUAUCAAAAAGUACGGUCGGAAAAUAUCAUUAACAUUCAGAAGUUGAACAGCACAAGUCCUAAGCCACGAAGCCGACGACCAUCUACCCGUUUCAAUAGUGACCACCGAGGACGGUUCAACAGAAUGGAGUCCAUCUCUUCUCAUUAUGCAGCCCGGCGUACAGGACGACAGCCUGCCGAAACGACGCGGAAGAUAUUUGAGGGCCCAGAGCAGACAACCAGGAAGACUCCAAAUGACAAGCGUUUGGGAGCACAAGAUCUGGGCAGUGCAUCAAAGAGACUGAGAAUUGUUGACGGCUACAAGGAGAUCGUGGAACCAGUUGAGAGUCCAACAAGGCCGCCAGAGGAGAAGCAGAAGAUAAUGGAACAGCAAUUGGGAAGACAGCGGCAGGAAAAGCCACAUUUGGGUCCACUUCCACAGCUGGAGUUUUCGCUGUCUCCACGUGCAGCUGCAUCUGUCCCACAAUCGUCCAAAAGACCCUCGUACUUGCAACCUACAAAGGCAUCAAUCCAGCGCUCGGAAAGCAAGCAGCAACUAAAGAGGAGCGAGACAGCGUCUUAUCUUCCAAGACUCUCGAAUAUUGUUCGGUCGAAGACUAUGCAGGAAAUUUCGCCGUCAAGGAUGAAUAGCAGUCAAGCAAAUCCACACAUCGCCUAUAUGAAAACCCAGUCUGCGCUUACAAGGUCCACGUCGUCAAAUACCCUAAACCGAAAAUCGAGUAUCCCGCAACUCGUGAAACCAGCCAAAAAAGAUUAUCCUAGACCAUGGAGAAAUUAA